CUCUAGACCUUUUCAGACAGAUAGCCAAGUAUUUUCUUCAGAACCUCCCUUGAAGUUGAAGGCCUGCCUUACUGAUCAUUUUGACACCUGUUAAGUCGACUUGUCAAGAUGUCUUUGCUCCUGAAAGUUGUCCGACAGCAGGGGAGUUUGUUCCACAUUUGUGGCGCCGGAAUUUCGGUGGCUCCGAGAACAACAACAACAGCGACCUUCAGACAGCAGAGCACCAGGGCAGAGGCAGAGGGUAGCGUCGCGUACGAGAGUUCCGCUCGGCCUUUCGAGGAGAUCCCAGGGCCCAAGGGUCUACCCCUCAUCGGGACGGCGUGGGACUACUCUCCUUUUGGUCGGUUUCCAAUGAAAACAAAGUUUAUGGAGUCAUUCAAAGAGAGAACAAAGACCUACGGGAGGAUCUACCGGGAAAAACUCGGCCCGAUUGACUUCGUGGUCAUCAGCGAUCCCAAGGAGAUCGAGAAGGUGUUCCGCAAUGAGGGCAGAUAUCCCAAGAGGCGGACUCUUUUCACCGGAGAAGAGUGGCAGCGCGUGCGCAGCUCGGUGCAGAAGGACAUGAUGCGGCCCAAGACGGUCGGCGCGUACGCCCCGCUGCAGGAUGACGUCAUCAGGGACCUGGUUGACGUCAUCCGGGCUCUGACAGGGAAGGACAACAGCGGAGGGCAAGUUCACAACUUCACCAACUACGCGUACAGAUGGGCACUGGAAGCGAUCAGCGUGGUUGUGCUGGACAAGCGGCUCGGGUGCCUGACCUUGGAUGACCUUGAGCCGGGUUCUGACGCGCAGCUGAUGAUCGACGGGGUUCAAGCCUUAUUCCAGGGGUUCGCGAAGCUGGAGCUGUCGACGGUCGGCCUGUACAGGUACAUCAGCACCCCAACCUGGAGGAAGUUUGAGAAAGGAAUCGACCAGUGGCACUACGUCGCUGCCAAGUUGCUGAAGGAAAAGCUGGCUAGAAGCAAGACUGAAGAAGGAAAAUCCACCGAGUCGGACACGGACUUUCUCCAGAGCCUCCUCUCUAGGGAUGAUGUCACGUUCGAGGAGGCAAUGCUGAUGGCAGUGGACCUCCUGGGUGGUGGGAUCGACACGACGGGGAAUGCCCUGAUGUUUAACCUCUUCUGCCUGGCGAAAAAUCCCGAAGUCCAGGAGAAACUUUACCGUGAGAUCACAGAGGUGGUUCCGCCUGGGCAGUCCAUAGACGACAAGACGCUGAACAGGAUGCGCUACCUCCGCGCUGUGGUGAAAGAAACUUUCAGAGUUUAUCCAAGUGUCAGCGCCAACAUGAGAGAGUUGAACCGGGACAUUGUGUUGUCGGGAUAUGUCGUUCCAGCAAAGACACCGAUCCUGAUGGCCAAUGACGUCAUCAGCUCGCUUCCGGAAUACUAUCCGGAACCGGAAUCCUUCAAGCCGGAAAGAUGGCUCCGCGAUGACGUCGCUUCAGGUGGCGUCCAACCGUUCGCGAUGCUGCCGUUCGGAUACGGGCCGAGGAUGUGCAUCGGUCGGCGUUUUGCAGAACAGGAAGUACAUCUCGGGUUAAUCAGGGUAGUUGUCCGACAGCAGGAGAGUUUGUUCCACAUUUGUGGCGCCGGAAUUUCGGUAACAACAGCGACCUUCAGACAGCAGAGCACCAGGGCAGAGGCAGAGGGUAGCGUCGCGUACGAGAGUUCCGCUCGGCCUUUCGAGGAUAUCCCAGGGCCGAAGGGUCUACCCCUCAUCGGGACGGCGUGGGACUACUCUCCUUUUGGUCGGUUUCCAAUGAAAACAAAGUUUAUGGAGUCAUUCAAAGAGAGAACAAAGACCUACGGGAGGAUUUACCGGGAAAAACUCGGCCCGAUUGACUUCGUGGUCAUCAGCGAUCCCAGGGAGAUCGAGAAGGUGUUCCGCAAUGAGGGCAGAUAUCCCAAGAGGCGAACUCUUUUCACCGUUAAAAAGUACCGUGAACUGAAGAAAUUGCCGACUGGAAUAGUAAACCUAGAGGGAGAAGAGUGGCAGCGCGUGCGCAGCUCGGUGCAGAAGGACCUGAUGCGGCCCAAGACGGUCGGCGCGUACGCCCCGCUGCAGGAUGACGUCAUCAGGGACCUGGUUGACGUCAUCCGGGCUCUGACAGGGAGGGACAACAGCGGAGGGCAAGUUCACAACUUCACCAACUACGCGUACAGAUGGGCACUGGAAGCGAUCAGCGUGGUUGUGCUGGACAAGCGGCUCGGGUGCCUGACCUUGGAUGACCUUGAACCGGAUUCUGACGCGCAGCUGAUGAUCGAUGGGGUUCAAGCCUUAUUCCAGGGGUUCGCGAAGCUGGAGCUGUCGACGGUCGGCCUGUACAGGUACAUCAGCACCCCAACCUGGAGGAAGUUUGAGAAAGGAAUCGACCAGUGGCACUACGUCGCUGCCAAGUUGCUGAAGGAAAAGCUGGCUAGAAGCAAGACUGAAGAAGGAAAAGUCACCGAGUCGGACACGGACUUUCUCCACAGCCUCCUCUCCAGGGACGACGUCACGUUCGAGGAGGCAAUGCUGAUGGCAGUGGACCUCCUGGUUUAUCCAAGUGUCAGCGCCAACAUGAGAGAGUUGAACCGGGACAUUGUGUUGUCGGGAUAUGUCGUUCCAGCAAAGACACCGAUCCUGAUGGCCAAUGACGUCAUCAGCUCGCUUCCGGAAUACUAUCCGGAACCGGAAUCCUUCAAGCCGGAAAGAUGGCUCCGCGAUGACGUCGCUUCAGGUGGCGUCCAACCGUUCGCGAUGCUGCCGUUCGGAUACGGGCCGAGGAUGUGCAUCGGUCGGCGUUUUGCAGAACAGGAAGUACAUCUCGGGUUAAUCAGGAUUGUUCAGAGCUUCCACGUGGGCUGGUCCGGAGAAGACAUGAAGCAGAAGAACAGAUCAGUCAUCAACGCACCGGACAGGGACAGCUUCGUGUUCCGCGAGAGAGCCGGCGCUGCAUGACCUUCUUUUAAUUAUGGCUUGUUUUAUUUCUUUGUUUUUUUUUUGUUGCCAUUUUCCGACAAAAUCUGUACAUUUGGGGACCUGGUAUUACACUCAAAUCAUCUGAAAUUUGGUCUGGGUAUGCUUUAUAUAUCUACCAACAACAAUUCAUUAUAUUUUUUGUCAUAAACUUGUAUAAUUUGGGACUUUUUUUACUGCUUUUGGGUCACAAUUUACAAUAUAGUUAGGGAUGACUAUCGAUGAGUCAUCUGUCUGGCAUGCACAGCAAGUAACCAAUCAGCAUGCAGCUUUCCUCUAUUCUUCUUGCUGAUUGGCUGUUGGGAUAUAAUUGGGUUUACUCCAUGAACAGCUGCACAACCCAUACCACAUUGAAAGUAGGUACUGCAUUGAAGUGUUUUCGUAGGUAUGUCAAACUUUCCUGCUCAAGCACUUUCCUGCUCAGGGCAUAAACGCUUUUUUUAUCUUGAAAAUCAGCAGUUUACAUCAUGCAAAUGAAAAUCCUAAUCAGUAA